CCUUUUCCUACUCAAUCGCGAGGCUGCGCUCAACGACUCGACACCGCCAACAGGGAUGCAGCGAGGGCGCAGCGCAGCCUGAAAAUGGCACCACCACGCGUCCCGUGGAUCUAUCCAUCCCUUCCCCUGCUGUCCUCCCUUCUCCUCGUUUUCCACGCGUCUCCGCCGAGCACGGCCUUACGGAAUUACCCGGAGAAUGAAGCCAACUCCAGAGACUCCAGGCCAAUUUACCGUCCUGUGACCAACCACUGUGUGACAGCUCUCUGUGCCGGUGUGGUUACUUUAUUAGACUCCAUGUCGGCACUGGCUGACCUCGGCUGGGAGGCUUACCCUAAUGAAGGGUGGGAGGAGAUCAGUGUGAUGGAUGAGAGGAACACCCCGAUGAGGACUUACCAGGUGUGCAGUGUAAUGGAGGCCAAUCAAAACAACUGGCUGCGGACGCGGCACAUCAGCCGGGAGGGAGCGCAGCGAGUCUACAUCGAAAUCAAAUUCACCCUGAGAGACUGCAACAGCCUGCCUGGGGUUUCUGGCACCUGUAAAGAGACUUUCAACAUGUACUACUAUGAGUCCAACAAUGCCAACCUGUGGUUCAUCAAGGAAAGCCAAUAUGUCAAGAUUGACACUAUCGCUGCAGAUGAGAGCUUUACACAGGUGGACGUUGGUGACCGUGUCUUGAAGCUGAACACAGAAGUGCGAGACAUCAGCAACUUGAGUAAAAAGGGUUUCUACCUGGCCUUCCAAGACCUGGGUGCUUGUAUCGCUUUGGUCUCAGUCAGGGUCUUCUACAAGAAGUGUCCUCUGACUGUGCGCAACUUGGCCCAGUUCCCCGACACAAUAACAGGAGGAGAAACGGCGCUGGUGGAGGUCCAUGGAGUUUGUGUAAAUGCCUCUGAGGAGUUUGAGCCGCCCAAGAUGUACUGCAGCGCAGACGGAGGCUGGCUGGUCCCCAUAGGGAGAUGCGUGUGCAAACCAGGCUUUGAGGAGAACAAGGACAUCUGCCAACCAUGCAGACCUGGAACGUACAAAGCUUCAGCCACAGAUGCCUACUGCACCAAAUGUCCUCCUCACAGCUCGUCUCCACAUGAACAGGCCAUGGAGUGCAUUUGUGAGAAAGGGUUCUACCGUGCUGAAACCGACCCGCGCUCAAUGGCUUGCACACGUCCUCCAUCUGCUCCAGAGAACCCUAUCUCCUCUGUGAAUGAGACCUGCGUGACCUUGGAGUGGUCGCCGCCCCGCGACACAGGAGGCAGAGGGGACAUUACCUACAGCCUCCAUUGCAGAAAGUGCUCCGGCGAAGGCAAAAAGUGCGCACCGUGCGGCAGCAGCGUCCAUUUUGUCCCGAGACAGUUCGGGCUCUCGUCAGCCAGCGUGCUGAUCACUGACCUCCAGCCGGAUUCUAACUACACUUUUACGAUCGAGAGCCAGAACGGAGUUUCAGAUCUGAGUCCGACCCUGAGAGGCACUGUGGUAAUAAAUGUUACAACAUCGCAGACAGUGAGUGUUGUGUUAAAGGAAAGGCGAAGCAAGGACAGUGUAACAUUGGCCUGGCAGGGUCCGGAGAGACCUAAUGGGGCGAUCGUGGAGUAUGAGGUCAUCUACUACGAGAAGAACCAGCGGGAACAGAACUACACGGUUUUAAAGACUCGAUCCAACAUGAUGACAGUGGACGGCCUGAAGCCUGGGACCACCUACGUGUUCAGAGUCAGGGCUCGAACUGAUGGGGGAUACGGGACGUACGGUGGGGAGAUUGAACUGGAAACCAGCCAUGAGGACGUCUUGGCCAUUGGGGACCCAAACCAGUCCACCAUUCUGGUUGUGUCCAUUGCAGGAGGGAUUGUUCUCCUCAUCUUCUUGGUGACCUGCUUCGUUGUUAGUGGAAGACACUGUGGCUACAUAAAGGCAAAGCAGGACCCCGAUGAAGAAAAGAUGCAAUUCCAACAUGGGCGAGUGAAGCUUCCAGGCAGCAGAACGUACAUUCAUCCUCACACCUACGAAGACCCAAACCAAGCUGUCCGAGACUUUGCCAAAGAGAUAGAUGCUUCCAACAUUCGCAUAGAAAGAGUCAUUGGAGCUGGAGAGUUUGGGGAGGUGUGCAGCGGUCGCCUGCGUGUUCAGGGGAAGAGGGAGAUCUACGUGGCCAUCAAGAGCCUGAAGGCCGGAUACUCUGACAAACAGAGGAGGGACUUUCUUUCUGAGGCAUCCAUCAUGGGACAGUUCGACCAUCCGAACAUCAUCAGACUGGAGGGUGUCGUCACAAAAUGUAAGCCCGUGAUGAUCAUAACAGAGUUCAUGGAAAAUGGGUCUCUGGACACUUUUCUGAAGAAGCACGACGGCCAGUUCACAGUGAUCCAGCUGGUUGGUAUGCUGCGCGGCGUUGCCUCUGGUAUGAAGUACCUGUCAGACAUGAGCUACGUUCACAGAGACCUGGCGGCUCGAAACAUCCUGGUCAACAGCAACCUGGUGUGUAAGGUGUCCGACUUCGGCCUGAGCCGAGUUCUGGAGGAUGACCCCGAGGCCGCCUACACUACGAGGGGAGGAAAAAUCCCCAUCAGAUGGACGGCACCAGAGGCCAUCGCCUACAGGAAGUUCACCUCAGCCAGCGAUGUGUGGAGCUACGGCAUUGUCAUGUGGGAGGUGAUUUCAUAUGGAGAGAGACCGUACUGGGAGAUGUCAAACCAGGAUGUGAUCAAAGCAAUAGAUGAGGGUUAUCGUCUUCCUGCUCCUAUGGACUGCCCGGUGGUGUUGCACCAGCUCAUGUUGGACUGCUGGGAGAAGGGGCGCAGUGACCGGCCAAAGUUUGGACAGAUUGUCACAAUCCUGGACAAGCUCAUCAGAAACCCGGCCAGUCUCAGAGAGCUGGCCAACAGCUCAGCGUGCAGGGAGGACCCACCCACCCCAGAGUUCAGUGUGAGCACUGUGGAUGAUUGGUUGGACACCAUCAAGAUGGGCCAGUACAAGGAGAACUUUUCCAGUGCCGGAUAUGUCAGCUUGGACUCCAUCCUCUAUAUCAGUGUCAGUGAACUGGCUAAGAUGGGAGUGACGCUGGCCGGCCACCAGAAGAAGAUUUUGUCCAGUGUGCAGAGCCUACAAACCCAGGGGACACACGUCCAAGUAUAACAGUUUCCACAGAAACGCACAGAGAGACAUAGUUGAAUUGGACGCUCCUGUGGACAGUCUCCCCCCCACUCAAAUGGAGCUGUAAUGGAUACUUUGUGCUUGGGUCUCCAAUGAUUUUUAUUUUUAUUUUUUUUGAGGCACACUAAGAUGGAGACAACGUUGACUCUUGACUCCUUCACCCUCCCAUAAUCCCCAUCCUGGACGUGCCCUUGGGCACUCGGAAUCUGUCCAACACCGUUCACCAUGUCAGGGCAGCACAGAGACAUCAAAUCCGCACGCAGAGACCAUUUCACAUCAUGUAAACAUAAAUGAAGAAAAAGCAAAAAAAAAAAAAAAAUUAACAUAAUGACUAAAAAACUGAAUAUAAUGCUUGUCACUGUUUGUCAGGUGUACAGUUGGCUUUACCGUCAUUUUGUUUGUUUUCUGUUUUUAUGAUGAAGGUUUUCAAAAAGGGUCAUAAGACGUGUAUAUGUGUAGAUAUAUGUUUAUAUGGGCGGUGUAUGCCACAAGCAUAGAGAUGGACCUAACGUUUGUAUCUGUGGUUGCACAGCGCUAACAGCAAAUGUUGUAAAUGUAUGAACUCUUCCACUGGUAUCUGCUCAAAGAAAGCUAAGAGAUUAUGGAUGACAUGAAUGUGAGGGGAGUGAGGAGAUAAAUAAAUGGACCUGUAGACAUAUAAGGGGGAUGUAGAUUUUGCUAGCUUGUGUAGGAUGGAAGUAUGUUUUAAUAAGUUUAUUUGGCCAGGAAAAGGGCUUCCUUAGAGACUGCUCUCAGACACACUUCCAUAGAAAGUAGAUCCAAUACACGUAUGCCUGUUUACGUGCACUUACUGUAUGAUGUUACAGAUUGCAAAGAAAUAACAGAACGUGAUGAAAUGUUACUCUUCCAAUAUCUUUGACAAAAUAAGUAUAGUUUACAGAGCCUUGCAAAAGGAUUCGUACCUCAAGUUUUUUCACAUUAAGCACAGCGUAGUGUCUUGCAUUGGGAUUUUUGCAAAGUUAUGCAUAAUAGUGAAGUGUAAGGAAAACAAUACAAGGUUUUCACUUUUUUCAAAACAAAAAAUGAAAAGUUUUGUUUAGAUUUGUGUUCAACCCCACUGAGUAUGUACUCAGUGGAAUCAGCUCUUGCUAAAAUUAUAUCUGCGACUCAUCUUCAGUAGGUCUCUUUUAGUCUUACACUAUAAGGUAUUCCCCAUUUGGUUUCAGAAUAAAUUGGACAAAAAAAUGGAAAAUGCGGUGUUCAGGUUGAUUAGCGGCGUUGGGAUUUCCACCACACAAAGCGUUUUGCAUGUAGGCUAAAAAGCAAAAAUUUGGUCUCAUUUUUCGUGAACACCUUGUUCCACGUCUGCUGUUUCCUGUACAUGCCUUGUGGCAAUCUAAAAACUUCUUUCAGCUUUCUUCUUCCACUCUUUCAUAAAUGCCAGAUUUGUGGAGUGAAUGAUUUGUAGUUGUCCUGUAGAAAGAUUCUUGUGGAUCUCUACGAGUCCUCCAGAGGUAUUAUAAGCCUAUUCUGCUUUCUCAACAACGUUUUUCUAAAUAUCUCUUAUGUAUUGUUUUCUUUAGGCUUUUUGUUCUCGGCUUAAUUCAUACUGAGAAUACAGUGCAGAGACAUGAACUGGAUUUUUACUUUGAGCUGCCAGAAUACAAAGCAGGCUAUAUACAAUUGUCCACAAUACUUUUCAUAUUCUAUUUGUGAAAAUGAAAAUUUAAAUCCAUAAUUCUUUUUCUUUACACUUUGUGCUGAUCCCAAUGAAAAUAAUUACAGUUUGUGGUUGUAAUGUGACACAAUGUGAAAAAAUUCAAAGGGUGUUAGUCCUUUUGAAAGGCGUGCAAAGAAUAUUUGUUUUACAACAUACUUUAAGGAAUAACUCAUCUUAAGAUGAAGCCUUCCAGUGUUUCAGGUGUGUUUAGACAGUCAAAGUGUUUGUGCAGAGCAAAGGCGAUGCAAGCCAGUGACACUGUUGAGGACGUCUAACUUGAUUUUACGGGUUUGUGCCAUGUACAGAAAUAUGAAAAAGUUAAUCUCGACGACAUACCUUAAUUCUAGCUGUGCACUUUCAUUUCCUCUGUCCUUAUGCCUGGAUGGCUACACAGUACUCUCACCAUGAUUACAGAGUUGUGUUUUCCAACGUCAUUUGUUGAUAGAAUUGUCCCUUUAUUGACAAGGUGAAGUGUUGAAUUUCAGAUGUGCCACAAGAGGGUAAAUCUUGCAUAAAAAAACUUCUUUUUUUUUGUCUGCUGUGUAUUUUCUUAUUUGCUGGUUACAGAGCUGUUUAUAUCAUCCUUAUUUUCAGUCACCACCCAUUGCUUACAAAUUUACAAUACAAUGUUUACAAGAAUGAGCCAAUACGUCUGUCGAUAUUUUUGCUCAUGACGAUAAUUACACAAUUAGAUUCAAAGGGACCCGUUUCAUGUUAAUUGUGUUAAUAGCACUGAGCCUGGACAUAAUGUUUUCCAAAGCUCAGUUUUAAUACAUGUGGUAAUCCAUAGGACCAAGAGUGACAUGAAGUAUAGUAUUUGAUUGUACCAUAGUGUAAAAUAUGUACAGUGCUAAUUUCCAAUAUUAGAAUGUUUGUAAUGACAACAAUGACAAUGACUUUGAUGUGCUUUUAAUAUGAAAAAGAGAUUUCGAGGUUUACGUUCAGGGGCGGCUCGUACAGGUGAAAAGUGAAGGCGAAUCAUUAGAUUGAACACGGAAUGUAGCAAGGAGAAAAGCGUCAGCUUUGAAAGACAGGAGACAGUGACUGCAGUUUUUAUGACGGCAUUAGGAAGAGUAGAAUGGACUUUCAAGCUUGGUUUAUUUGCAUGUCCACUUUAAACUUUAAGCAUUUUCUGUUUAUCAUUAAAUUACUGCACAAAACACCACUUUUGAAAAUGGAUGGGGAUUAAAAAGGAAAAAGAAAACUUCAAAUUAAAUUUAUUGCUGAAGCAACCCGCAUACAACGGGUAAUAAACUUUACAUUUAAAACAUAGAAAAGCCUUGUAAACAAACCUAAAAUAUAUAGAGUAGAAAAUUUAAUCUUAUUUUUGAGAAAAUAGCACAGAAGAACAUGUUUGUUUUCUACAAUUUGACUAAUUAUUAGAAUCCUGCUAACUGCACAACAGUAUGCUACAUCAAGUAUAUAGUAUAUAAAGUAUAUUAAUUGCUAAAAUAUUAUAGGAGCUGUAACUUCAUUGAUUAUAUUGAAACCAGAACAAUUAAAUGCAGCUUCCUGUAUAAAUAACAAAAUCAUAUACAGAUUUCCAAGUUAAUGUUAACUGGCGACGAAAAAGGCAGAGUAUUCAAACUAGAUUUGUCCCAUGGAUGGGAUGCCGCCAGUUAAGGGGUUAACUUAAAGAAAAAAAUAGGACAUUUCAAGUAAGUUCAGCGUGUUAGUUUGAAAUUAAAGGCUUAUUCUGUCUUCCUUAUGAUGGAAAUUAGGAACUCACUUUUUUUU